GAACCUAAUCAGAACCUGAUACGGGACACGGUGAGGUGAGCAGUUGAGACUUGAGAGAGGCGGAGAGCAGAGAAUCAGAGACCAGAGAGAAAGGAGUCCUUAAUGGCAGAUUCGGGUGAAAAUCAACAGCCUGAACAAGUUUGCAACUUUUUCAGAAAGCCUUCAAGGAAUAAAAACAUCAGAAAAAGAACAGUUGAUGAAGAAGAUGAGGAUGAUUCAAAAACAGAAGGCUCAUUCUUACACAGUCAAAAGAAAACCAUAAAGCCUGACAAUAAGCUGUAUUUUUCGACUGGAUCCUCUAAGAACAAAACGUCUACUGAAGCAAAGGAAGAACCUGAGAAGCCAAUUUUUCAGUUUGAGUCUUCAAGGGAAAUUCAAGUUGAACAUGAUAGCAGAGCGACAGCAACUCUAGAAACUGAGACCGAUUUCUCAAGAGAUGCUCGUGCAUUGCGUGAGAGAUCUCUUAAGCAAGCAGAGGAGGCUUUGAAGGGGAAAGGAAAAAGCUCUGGGGAUGAAAAGUUGUAUAGAGGAAUUAAUGGAUAUACCGAUUACAAGGCUGGUUUCCGAAGAGAGCAAACGGUUGCUAGUGAGAAAGCUGGCGGAGCACAUGGGCCUUUGAGGGCUUCUGCUCACAUAAGAGUUUCAGCGAGAUUUGAUUAUCAACCGGACAUAUGUAAGGAUUACAAAGAGACUGGUUAUUGUGGGUAUGGAGAUUCUUGUAAGUUUAUGCAUGAUCGAGGGGAUUACAAGUCUGGAUGGCAAAUGGAGAAGGAGUGGGAUGAAGCAGAGAAAGUAAGGAAGAGAAAUCUAGCUUUGGGAUUAGAUGAUGAGGAUGAUGGUGGUGUAGACCCUGGUGAGGAAGAUGAUGAUGAUGAUUCGUUGCCCUUUGCAUGUUUCAUUUGCAGGCAGCCUUUUGUUGAUGCUGUUGUAACCAAGUGCAAGCACUAUUUCUGUGAGCAUUGCGCAUUAAAGCAUCACACAAAGAACAAGAAAUGCUUUGUUUGCAACAAACCUACUCUUGGCAUUUUCAAUACAGCUCAUGAGAUACGCAAAAGGAUUGCCACAGAGGGUAAAUAAUAGUCGCUCGGUUGUUCGUCGUGCUCUUUGGUUUGUAACUUAUUGGAAUGAUUUUUUUUUUUUUUUGGUUAGCAUUUAAAGAGGAAGUUUCCUUAUCAGUCUCUCUUUUUCCUAGAAUGUCUGGCAAAAUUCUCUUUAACUAGAGAUCUUAUUGAAGGAAAGCAAUUUAAGUAGGAGUACUAUUGUAGGUUUCUGCAGAAUUUAAUUAGUAUUGGGUAUCUGAGAAAGCAAACAGAUUUGCUCAAUUUCCUAUUUGGAACAAUUUGUUUAAUUAGGUGGAGACUGUUUCAUACAUUGGAUCCAAAAGGACACAGGUCAUGACAUUGAAGUUUCUUUUUUGUUUUUGUUUUCUAUGAUCCUGAUUUAUAUGUCUUAACCUGAUAUGUAAGAAACUUUUAUGAUAUUUCAGAUUAGCUUUAAUAAGUAAAUAGACUUAACAUAUUAGUCAUUCUCUUUUAUUGGGGGAUUAUUGGGAAAUUACCUUUUAAAUAUUUUCUGGUGAGAAACAAAGUUCCAGUUUUCUGCUUUUGCUAAUUGGGUGUUCAAAUGAUCACAAAAGAGGAAGGUUUGGAGCUCUAUGUAGACAUGGUACUUGGCAGGGCUGUUUAUGAUGUGUGCACCCAGAUGUGUCACGGGAAAUAUGUUUGGUUUCCUUCUCCUCUACAUUGAUGAAGAGGCGAAGAGGCUGUGUUAACCUGGUAUAUCUAGUUUUUGAAGAUGGAAGAUUGUGUGAUCAGUACAUAACAUGACAUACAUGAGCAAUGGGUUCUUGCCUCUGCUGUGAUAUGUGAGCUCGCACUUUGGGCACUGGGUGUUGCUGAGACCAUGGUUGUUUGAUGUCAGAAGAGCACAUUUUGCUUGGUGGGUAAGAGUUCAUUGGUGAAAGGUUCUGGUGGCUACAGGCCUGCAUUUAGGAUGUCAAGAGUUCCUGUUGAUGGUAUGAAAUAUUUUGAAGGGUAGGGAGGUGGCAGAGGCAAUUGGAAGGGAUAGGAGAGAACAGCAGACAUUGGCAGAAUUUGAGACAUAGGUUUAGAGGACACUUAUUGGCUGAUCCUGGUGAGCUUUGUGACCUUGGGGAGCAUUUGACUUUUAUUUGCCUCUUGCAAUUAUUAAUUUCUUUCUUUUAUGGGUAAGUGCCAUAUUUACUUCCAUUUAUAUUUUUGUAGAAAGGAUUUCUCUCUAUGAAUUGUACAAUUAAAUAGCUGGUUCCAGUUUUGACCUUUUUUUCACAUUGUUUGACUUCUGUUUUUCUGAGUGUUUCAUGUAGUUGAACCAAAUUCAAAUGAUGCUGCCCCAUCCUCAGUUGUAUAUGCCAUUUGUAUUGAAAUUCUUCUAUAUUUUGAUGUUGAAUUAAUUGAGUUGGAUGAUUGCCAAUGAGCUCUAAGUCAAAUGGCACCCCCUCCCCAUGCAAGUAAAGGUGGAGGGUGAGGUCAACCAAUGGAAUGCUUGUGUAAUUGGCAAUAACAAAUUCACUUUUGUUGGAUUAUGGCUUAAGGAUUAUAUUGAAUAGCAUCUUAAAUGGUUGAUAAGCAGCUAGUUCUCUAUCUGGAUCAGCUUGGCAGCUGUUUACUUUGAUUUGAAGAAGCAUGUCAACUGGAAAGGUAGCUUUGCUUUGUCAAGUGCAAAAUUUUUCUUGUUGAAACUAAAGAGGAUCGAGUUGUUGAAUUGUUGGGACAUGAGCUGAUUGUAUUAGUCCUAUUUUUUAGAAAACCUUUUUUAUGAGAUGAUGGGAAUGUAGGCCUCUGGCUUUUGCCUUUUAUUCUUUA